CGUAAUUCCUGUGCGCUAGCGGAAGUAGCGGCAUUGAUUGGCUGCAUUAUUUGUUGGGGGAGCGUAGAGUUCUCUUUUCCGCAAUAUGUCGAAAACUGUCGCCUAUUUUUACGAUCCGGACGUCGGGAACUUUCACUAUGGUGAGAGAAAGGGAACCGGUCAUCCCAUGAAACCACACCGCUUGGCUCUCACACACAGUCUGGUUCUCCACUAUGGGCUAUAUAAAAAGAUGAUUGUCUUUAAACCCUAUCAAGCUUCACAGCAUGACAUGUGCCGCUUUCACUCCGAAGACUACAUUGAUUUCCUGCAACGAGUUAGCCCCAACAACAUGCAAGGCUUCACGAAAAGUCUUAACGCAUUCAAUGUUGGUGAUGACUGCCCAGUGUUCCCUGGCCUAUUUGAAUUUUGUUCUCGGUACACAGGAGCUUCACUUCAAGGUGCUACUCAGCUAAACAACAAGAUUUGUGACAUCGCAAUUAACUGGGCUGGGGGACUUCACCAUGCUAAAAAAUUUGAGGCUUCUGGAUUCUGUUACGUCAAUGACAUUGUGAUAGGUAUUUUGGAACUUCUCAAGUAUCAUCCACGGGUCCUCUAUAUCGAUAUUGACAUCCAUCAUGGAGAUGGGGUACAGGAAGCAUUUUAUCUAACCGACAGAGUCAUGACAGUCUCAUUUCACAAGUAUGGCAACUAUUUCUUCCCUGGGACAGGUGACAUGUAUGAAGUUGGUGCUGAAAGUGGGAGAUAUUACUGUUUAAACGUGCCAUUAAGAGAUGGCAUAGAUGAUCAAAGUUACAGACAUCUCUUCCAGCCUGUCAUUAAACAAGUGGUAGAUUUCUAUCAGCCCACCUGUAUUGUUUUACAGUGUGGAGCUGACUCACUUGGUUGUGACAGACUGGGAUGUUUUAACUUGAGUAUAAGGGGACAUGGAGAUUGCGUUCAAUAUGUGAAAAGCUUCAAUAUUCCUUUACUAGUUCUUGGAGGGGGUGGUUAUACAGUUCGCAAUGUAGCCCGGUGCUGGACAUAUGAAACAUCACUGCUAGUUGACGAGACAAUCAGCGAAGAGCUGCCCUACAGUGAAUACUUUGAAUAUUUUGCACCAGAUUUUACCCUACACCCUGAUGUCAGCACUAGAAUUGAGAAUCAGAAUACACGACAGUAUUUGGAUCAAAUCAGACAGACAAUUUUCGAAAAUCUGAAGAUGCUGAAUCAUGCACCCAGUGUUCAGAUCCAUGAUGUACCUUCAGAUCUCCUGAGCUAUGACCGCACUGACGAGCCUGAUCCAGAAGAGAGAGGCUCUGAGGACAAUUACUCAAGGCCAGAAGCUUCAAAUGAAUUUUACGAUGGAGAUCAUGACAAUGACAAGGAAAGUGAUGUUGAGAUUUGAUCAGGAUUUCUAUAUCACUAUAUAUUGGACUUUUUAAACCUUCAGUUGUCGGUUUUUUUGAACAAUAUUCACAUUUUUUCUUGUGAAGAUUUUUGGACCAGAUCCUUUUGCGUCUUUGCAACAAAACUUUUGUUGGAGAUCCUGGUUGUUUUUUUUUUUUCCAAGAAGGGGAACUAUAAAACUGUUACACCUGCUGAAAUACCAGGUGUCUGAUUAAGCCAUUGGAGCUAUUUUACGUCUGUUCUGAAGAUAUUUGCAACUUAAAUGAUUUUACUGAUUCCUGCCAAGACUUCGGAACUCUACAGAUAUUCUACAUAUUUUACAUUUCUCACUCCCUCCCAAAACAAGUUGUAUUGUUUUGAUAUGAAAUGUAUUACCAUUGGCUGUAAUAAUGGUUGCCACAUAUGCAGGGGCAAGACUAGGGUUAGGCAGGGCAGGCACCUGCCUGGGAUGUAGUCUGUGAGGUCACGCUGUAGGUUUCCCAACUCCAGUAUCACCGUGGUUUUAGUCUUGUGGGAUUAUCUUUUAAAUUGGAAUGGGUGGGUUUCUCCACCAACCUUUUUAGUAGCUGUUUUGCCAGGUAGCUAAAAAGGUCUAAGUUUGUUCUGUCUCCUUGCGCCAGUCAUCAAAGGGAACUUGGACCAGAUUUAUUAGCUGCCAGUAUCGGGAUCAGCUUCUGUGCUAUACUGCUGAGCACAUGCCUGCAUCUAUCAGGGUAAAAGACCUUUCUGUUAAAGCAGCUGAUGAUACUUAUAAAGGUACAAGCUCAUACAAAUUGUCAGCUUGUACAUUUGACCUAUAAGAAAUAUGUAUAUUAAUAAAUAAAUAGUUUGUUUUACCUGAAA